CGUGGCGUAGUGGAUGGAAUGAAUACUUGGUCUCAAGAAGACAACCAUCGACGCCCCCAUUCUUUGCAUUGAUUGCUUUGCAGCUUGUGGAGUAGACGGUAUUGUGUGACGUACAUGUAUGCUGAUUUGGGGGCUGAUAGGCGAUAGCGAACCCUGGGUGCCCGUAAGAUUGAGCAGCCACGAUGCGAAUUGUUUGACAAGGCCAGAGCUACAGACGUAGUGUCAAUUGCUCUCGGUGAAUCCUAGAUGAAAGCAACUGUAAGUCGGUAAAUCAUGUUCACGGCUCUAGUAAAACAUGGCAGCAUCGUGCUGGAACGAACGCCAACCGUUAUUCCACGGCCUCAUUGUGGGUCGCAAUUGGCCCGACCCCACACCAUUCAACACCCAUCGCACGCAUCUGCACGUCUCAAAGCAGAAGGUAGCAGCAACGUUGGGACACACUUGUUGGCGGCAUGAUUUGAUCAUUUUUGGUAUAAGAAGUCCAUGGUCGUCACUCCAUCAUGUACUUCAGUCUGCGCCUUGACCAUCUCCUUGACGCCAUGGGUUUCUUGAGGGACUCUUGGUUAGCUUGUGCUGUCCUUGCGACUUCAACCAGUCUUUCUCAGACGGCUGCUACCCGCCAAGUCACGCUUGAAGGAUACGGCGCUUUCGUCGGUACGACGAUUGACCAGACUCUCACCAAGAAGCCCCUGCCUGCCCCUGUUGACGCAUGGCUUGGAAUAGAUUACGCUUCGCAGCCCACGGGCGACAAUCGGUUCGCGCCCAUCGGGCCUCCGACGCAGUUUUCGGGAGUCAAGAAUGCCACUCAGUAUGGAUACACGUGUAUCCAGGAUCCCGCUACCAACACUUACGCCAUGGAUGAAGCGUGUUUGAAUAUGAAUGUUUUCCGCCCCCAGAAUGCAUCUUCGGAUUCUAGAUUGCCCGUGCUCAUCUGGAUACAUGGCGGCUCUUUCGUGGGUGGUAGUGCGCGCAGCUUUGAUGGUCCUUCAUUUGUUGCCAACGCAAAAGAACCAUUGAUCGUCGUGAACUUCAACUACCGGAUCAACUCUUUGGGCUUUCUACCACAUCCCAUUUUCGAACGCCUUGGGCUGCUGAACCUUGGUCUUCGCGACCAGAAAAUGCUGUUCGAGUUCGUACAGCAACACAUCCAUGCUUUUGGUGGUGACCCUUCACACGUAACCAUCGGAGGCCGCUCUGCCGGAGCGCACUCUGUCGGCAUCCAUCUGUUCCACAAUUACAAAAAAACUGAAGGCGCCUCCCCGCUCUUCUCCCAAGCCAUUCUGCAGUCCGGCAGCGUCACAGCGCGAACCCUCCCAAAUGCCUCGUACCCACUCUACCUCGACCAAUUCGCACAGUUCACCGACCUGGUCGGCUGCAGCAACGUUGCCAACAGCACAGAUGCCGCUGUCAUCGGCUGCCUACGAGCCGCGCCCAUCGACCUAAUCCAAAACGCCAGCAGCCUCAUGUACCGCGAAUCCGAAUACUCCAUCACCUGGCCCUUCCAACCCACAAAAGGCGGACCCCUAAUGGAACAAGCCGGCUCCAUAUCCGGCGCGAACGGCCAAUUCUACCACAUCCCCACCAUGACGACCAACGUGCGAGACGAGGCCAAAUACUACACCCCCGGCGACAUCACCACAAACGCCGAGUUCCUCUCCUACAUGAAGACGCUCAUCCCUGGUCUAACGACGCAAGAUCUUUCCGACCUCGAAUCCCUUUAUCCAGACCCCGCACUCGACAUCAACGGCCCAUACGCAUACAGCCCAAACUCGACACAGUACGAGCGACUCUCCGCCGCCGUCAGCGACUUCAUGUAUAUCUGCCCCAGCCAGGAAACCGCCGUCCGCAUGUCCGCCGCCAACGUGUCCGUCUACAAAAUGCGAUUCGCUACUAACAACACGUUCCCCUCGUGGCGCGGGAUCCCGCAUACCGCCGACACAAAGUACACCUGGGCUGAGCCGGGUGGUGAGGGCGGCGUGCAAUAUCCGGAUGUAGCGAAGCUGCAUCAUGGGUACUUGUCGAAUUUCGUGGUCCAUGGAGAUCCGAAUGGCAGCGGGAUGAACGGUAUGUUGAAGUGGCCUAGAUAUGUCGAUGCGAAUGAAGUAGGGGAGCCUGGGCUACAGAUCCGGAUCGAGCCGUUUGGGAAUAGUGUGCUGGAGAGUGAUGGGCAUCGCAGAGAGCAGUGUGAGUGGUGGAGGGAUCUUGAGAGGGCGGAGAGAAUUGGGAAGUGA